GGGGGAGGGACUUUUGGGGCGCAAGGGACGGCGUGGGGAGCCCACGGAGGGGGCUUGGGCACGUCUGCUGGGCCGCCCCGGGGGCUCCCUGGCGAGGGGCAGCGCUCGCCGUCGGCGCCCAUCUCAGCCCCAGCCCGGGUGGCAUCUCCUCAGCGUGUGCCCCCCCGGGGGGGCGGGGGCGGCCCUGGCGGGACAGCGGCACUGAGGGGGCAUCCCAUCUCCUCCGCAGGUCCCCGCUCUCAUCCCGGUCGAGGGGCGCAGGACAUGGUGGUCCUACGGGCUGGGCUCUGCCCCGGUCUCACCGAGGAGAUGAUCGGGCUCCUCCGGGCCAGCGGCAUUCGGACGGUGGUAGACUUUGUGUCAUCAGACCUCGAGGACGUUGCCCAGAAGUGUUCCCUGUCUUACAAGGUGCUGGUUGCAGUGAGACGUGUGCUUCUGGCCCAGUUCUCUGCCUUCCCCGCCAAUGGAGCAGACCUCUACGAGGAGCUCAAGAGCUCCACGGCCAUCCUGCCGACUGGGAGCCCAAGCCUGGACCAGCUGCUGGACUCUGGGCUGUACACGGGGGAAGUGACGGAGCUCAUGGGAGCACCUGGCAGUGGGAAGACGCAGGUGUGCCUGGGCAUUGCGGUCAGCGUAUCUCUUGGCCUCAAGCAACACGUCCUGUUUCUUGACUCCACGGGGGGAUUCACCGCCUCCCGUGUCUACCAGAUGCUUCGAGCCCAGACAGAGGAUGAGGAAGAGCAGCUGGAGGCUCUGCAGCGGAUCCAGGUAGUCCGUGUGUUUGACAUCUAUGAAGUGCUGAGUGCCUUGCAGGAGCUGCGGGAUCACCUCUCCCAGCAGGUCGUGAGCUCCAUGGGACCUGUCAAGGUCGUGGUGAUCGACUCUGUCUCAUCUGUGAUUUACCCACUGCUGGGCGGCAAGCAGUCAGAGGGUUUGGCCAUCAUGAUGCAGCUGGCUAGGGAGCUGAAGACUCUGGCCAGGGAGUUCAGCCUUGCUGUUGUGGUGACUAACCAGGUGACAAGGGACAGCAGCACCAGUCAACUGAAGCCAGCCCUUGGCCGAUCCUGGAGUUUUGUGCCCAGCACCCGGGUGCUGCUGGAGAACAAAGAAGCCACCCAGGAGAAAGCCACCACGCAGCGCUUGGCUUCCUUGGCAAAGUCACCCCGGCAGCCGAUGGGGAUACAGGUGGAGCUGGAUAUUGGAAAUAGUGAUGUGCAGGAGCUGAGCCCUGUGACACCCACACAGGGGCUCUGAUGUGGGUGGAAAAGCAAAUACCAAGGUCCAAGAGAGCUGCAAAAAAAGCUGGCAAUCACACUGUGCAGUUUUACAGACUGACUGAGAGUCCUGCAGCCCCAGGAAGGACCAACAUGAAGAAGCUUUUGUUGUUCUGCACUAGGGAGAAAAUGAGCAUGGGGUUCCCUGGAGAUCUUGCCUCAGCAGAUGCUGCCUACAGUGGCUGGGCUGUGUGGGCAGCAUGAUAACCAGGUUCUGUCCUCUGCUGCAGGCUUGUCUACAACAGCAGAGCCUGCCCUGUCCUAAGGUGUUGGCUUGGGACCAGCUGGCCUGCCCCUGCACAAACCUAUGACUCAUUGUGGUGUUUUUGUCCCCCCCCAUAACGCGCUGCCCUCUGGUCCUAGAGCUCUGCUCGUCCUUGGGCAGCCCACAGUAGUCUUGGUUCAGAAAUAAAAUAAAAAAAAAAAAGAUGAUGUACACUGCUGUAGUUGUUGAGAGCUGGAAUUCAAUUCAUGGUGACUGCUGUUGAUUCAAAUUUUGAGGUUUAGUCCCUAGCAGGACUGGGGUGGGACAGGCUGUUGAUGAGCUGGGACAUAAUCAGAUGCUUGACCUGACCUUGUCCCCAGGGUAACACCAGGCUCUGCAGGGAGCUGCUGGUAUUUCUGGGGCACUGCUGUGCUGUGUAAAGAAUUGCUGUUAACUGAUGAAGGUUAUGAUCUGGAUCAGCUGGGGUGGGUGAGCCUGACUGACAUCAGCUGGCCCUGUCUGAUGCUCAAGGACCUGCUUAAUUGCAUGUGGUGAAGUUUAAAAUAAUCUCCUCUUGCUCCAGUGCUUUCCAGCUGCUCUUGCUUGCUCUGGGCAACCUCCUGGGUGCUUGUGCAGUGCCAGGGAGGAGGUGGGAGGCUGGGGUGGAGCGUGGCCUCUCCUCUUGAUCCCAGGUGUCAUAGACACCCUCAUCCUCUGCUUAAUAAGAACCCUCCCUGGCAGGUGAGCUGAGCUAUGGCUUGCACUUCCAAGGCUGUGGAUGCAGAUUGUGGGGCCUGGGACUCAUCAGGGUGUGCUUGUUAGACUAGUAAUACAUCAGUACAGCUCCUGGAGCCUUCUAAGGCUGUGCUGGGCCAAGAGGAGUCUGAUGCAGUCAGAAUUUGAGUGCUAAUUUCUCUAGAGUAGUCAUAACACUGUACAGCCCUCUAUUCCUGAGCAAAUAGCUGCUGUAGGGAAGCGAAGCAGCUGUAGGAAGCAGUGAAAAGGGGUAUGUGAAGGCAUGUUUUGGUUUCCCAGGAGGCAGUGGCCAGGUCUCAACACAGAUUUUAAUUUUGCACAUCUGUCAGAGCCGUGCUUCCUGGGAAAGAGAGCUCUUGAUGCUCCCAGGGCUGUGAUUUACAGGGGGGGGUCCUACCUCCUCCAUCGUGGCCACCCAGCCACCGCAGCCCUGUGUGCGUGGCUGUGGGAAAGGCUGUGCUCCCAGCAGGUCCUGCCCGAGGCAGGGGAACGUGCCAAAGCAAUGUGAGUUGUACCAUGAAACAGUUUUCAGUAUAAAUAAAUGUAUUUUAAAGUUGUGUA